GUCCGCAGCCGCCUCUCCAUUUCCCACGCCGCCAACCGUCCACCGGCGACGCGCCGGCGGAGAGGAGCGGAGCGAUGGCAGCGGCCGCGCCGGCGGAGGAGGGCGAGGACCCGCGUUUGAGGAGGAGCAACACCGACUGCGUCUUCUUCCUCGUCUCCAACUUUGCCUGCAACAAGGGGUCGAAAUGCGAGUACCGCCACUGCAAGGGCGCCCGGUUCAACCCCACGAACUGCUGGUACUGGUUCCACGGCAACUGCGUCAACCCAAGCUGCACCUUCCGCCACCCUCCGUUGGAAAAUCUUAACAGAACCAAAUCUUUGGCAGACCAACCCUCACUAUGUGGCUCAGCUUCUGUCAAGACAGCUAAUCCUUGUUAUUUUUACCAUAACUCAUGUUGUACAAAAGGUGAUCAUUGCCCUUUCCUACAUGAGCCUCCAACUCCUAAAAAUGUUGUGGGAGUUUCUUCUGAAGCUACCACCUUCAAUCCUGCUGUCAAUGAAAAUUCUGUUGGAGAUGAGAUGGUUGAGGUAUCAAAGGAUGCUCAUGCAAAUCCUUGUCAAGGCAAUUCUUACCACUUAAAGACAUGCCACUCAAAGGAAGUUCCUGAGUUGAGCAAUCCUGAGUUUGGUGAAGCUAUCCCCAUUGCACCUGAAACAUCUGUUGUUACAGGCGAAUACAUGAAAUGUUCCACGCUCUCAUAUCAGACCUCAGGAGAUUCAACAAUGGAGCAUUCAGAACAAGAUGAUUGCCGUGAUUCCUCCCCUGGAUUUGAUGUUCUUGUGGAUGAUGGGGGCUUAAACAAGAAUGACCUUGGGCUGCAAUUGGCACGGAAAAGAGAUGUGCAGGUGCUUCAUGCGAAAUAUGAUAUUGGUGUUCCAAAUUGUUAUGACCAGGAUUAUUAUGAUUCACUGUACUACGGGCAAGCAUUUGGUGGCUUUGAUGGUCAAGACGGUUAUUUUUAUCUUGGUGAUCUUGAAGGAGUUCAAGAGCAUGAUAUAGGGACCACUUUGGGACACAUACCAAGCAAUAGAGUAAAGCUGGUAGGGUCAGCCUCUGAUGAGUAUGACAAAAGGUUCCUCAAGCCCAGAAACUUCACCAGCUCGACAGAAGAUGUUGCUUUUGCUCGUGAGCAUACUAAGACUAGAUACACCUCAAAGAGAAGACGUGAGAAUAGAAAAGGUACCAAGGGCAGAAAGGGCCGGAGAAAGAGGCGCUGCGGUCUUGAACCCGUGGUUAGUUCCCAAGAGAUUGAAUCAAGAUCAAGUCAUCGCAAGCAAGAUUCCUUGAUGGAAGAGUGUCCUCAGCCUAUUGUUUGUGCUACCUUCAGGGGACUGAAGAAGGGAAGUAGAGGAAAACAGCGCCAUGUUCUUUCUGCUAGGGAUUCUGAACAUCCUAGAACAGAUUUUACCGGGCCAAAGACCCUUUCUCAGAUAAAAGAAGAGAAGUGCAUAUCCAAGUCAAGUUUUAGCCCCUCUGCUGCUCGCAUGCCUCAUGAGAGAUCCUUCUCCUAUGAUUUUGAGGGACCCAAACCUCUGACUGAGCUUCACAAGGGUAAGGUAGAAUUUGACUGGUAAGCCUGCCAUAAUUUAGCAACUAGCAAGUGACAACAUUGCCAGUUCUCUGCUCAACUUGGUCAGUAUGAUGUCUACGACAGCUGUGUUUGUUAAUACAGUUAGCAACUUGGGAGUACUUCUCUCAAAGAGAAUGGAAACUGCAGUGACAAUUUUCUGCAGAUAAGCUAUUAAUAUUUUGGUCAAUUUGAGGAUGGAGUUAGUUUUUAGGUAUAACUAGCUGCUGUAUUAAUUGGUAAAUGAUGUUAACUCACUUGUUACUUCAUGUUGCUAUGUUCUGAACAGUAAGUUGGGGUUCACUG